AUGUGGGCUGCUCAAUACUAUAAGUACAAAAAGCCACGCCAAUGGUUGACGUCUGGCGGAUUAGGAGCAAUGGGAUUUGGUUUGCCUGCUGCUAUAGGUGCGGCUGUUGGAAGACCGGGUGAGAUUGUGGUUGACAUUGAUGGUGAUGGUAGUUUUAAGUACGAAGAGUCAAUUGUGGCGCCACCUUCAUUUCCCGUUUUUCCCCCCCCGAUCCACCAAGCGUUAACGCGCUCCAAAACCAUCCGCAAUGUCCUGCCACGUCACGAACAAGGCGUUCCAAAACCAUCGGUGUAUUCGCAGCCGAACAAGGGUUACGGUGUAUUCGCGAGGGUUACGCACGCGCCACAGGCGGGCAGCCCCGGGGUUUGCAUUGCUACCUCCGGCCCGGGGGCCACAAACCUCGUAAGCGGCCUGGCAGACGCGUUGUUGGAUAGUAUUCCUAUUGUUGCUAUUACGGGUCAAGUGCCACGUAGGAUGAUUGGUACUGAUGCAUUUCAAGAAACACCUAUUAUUGAGGUAACUAGAUCCAUUACUAAGCAUAAUUAUCUUGUUAUGGAUGUGGAAGAUAUACCUAGAGUUGUAAGGGAAGCGUUUUUCUUAGCGAAAUCGGGUAGGCCUGGACCCGUUUUGAUUGAUGUGCCGAAAGAUAUACAGCAACAGUUGGUGAUACCGAAUUGGGAUGAACCAAUGAGGUUGCCUGGUUACUUGUCUAGGUUGCCUAAAUUGCCUAAUGAGAUGCUUUUGGAACAGAUUGUUAGGUUGAUUUCCGAGUCGAAAAAACCUGUUUUGUAUGUGGGUGGUGGGUGUUCGUUUUCGAGUGAGGAGUUGAGGCGAUUUGUCGAGCUUACGGGGAUACCCGUGACGAGUACUUUGAUGGGUCUUGGUGCUUUUCCGACAGGGGAUGAGCUUUCCCUUUCGAUGUUGGGUAUGCAUGGGACGGUUUAUGCAAAUUAUGCUGUGGAUAGUAGUGAUUUGUUGCUUGCGUUUGGGGUGAGGUUUGAUGAUAGGGUUACGGGUAAAUUGGAAGCUUUUGCUAGCCGAGCAAAGAUUGUCCACAUUGAUAUUGAUUCAGCUGAGAUUGGAAAGAACAAGAUACCUCAUGUUUCGAUUUGUGCAGAUAUUAAGUUGGCGUUGCAGGGUUUGAAUUCGAUAUUGGAGGGUAAAGAAGGUAAGCUGAAGUUGGACUUUUCUGCUUGGAGGAACGAGUUAAACGAGCAGAAAGUGAAGUACCCGUUGAAUUAUAAAACUUUUGGUGACGCCAUCCCUCCGCAAUAUGCUAUUCAGGUGUUAGAUGAGUUGACUAACGGAAGUGCCAUUAUUAGUACUGGUGUAGGGCAACAUCAAAUGUGGGAUGCUCAAUACUAUAAGUACAAAAAGCCACGUCAAUGGUUGACGUCUGGCGGAUUAGGAGCAAUGGGAUUUGGUUUGCCUGCUGCUAUAGGUGCGGCUGUUGGAAGACCGGGUGAGAUUGUGGUUGACAUUGAUGGUGAUGGUAGUUUUAUCAUGAACGUGCAGGAGUUGGCAACAAUUAAGGUGGAGAAUCUUCCAGUUAAGAUUAUGUUGCUGAAUAAUCAACACUUAGGUAUGGUGGUUCAGUGGGAGGAUCGGUUCUAUAAGGCUAAUAGAGCACACACUUUCUUGGGGAAUCCUGCUAAUGAAGAAGAGAUCUUUCCUAAUAUGUUGAAAUUCGCAGAGGCUUGUGGCGUACCUGCUGCAAGAGUGACACACAAGGAUGAUGUUAGAGCCGCCAUUCAAAAGAUGUUGGACACUCCUGGCCCAUACUUGUUGGAUGUGAUCGUACCUCAUCAGGAGCACGUUCUACCUAUGAUUCCCAGUGGUGGUGCUUUCAAAGAUGUGAUUACAGAGGGUGAUGGGAGGAUUUCCUAUUAACUUUGAGAUGCUAUGAAGCUAGUUCUAGGCCUUGUAUUAUCUAAAAUAAACUUCUAUUAAGCCAAAAUCGUUAUGUCAACUUACUGUGUUAUUAGUUUUUGCUGUCUCUUUGCUUAUUGUCACUGUUGUACUAUCCGUUAGUUGAUAUUUAUGUUUGCUUAAAUUUUU